AUGGCUGCGCCUUUAUCCAAAGACACCCCGAACUUUGAGGGGGUGUGGAAUCUGAACAGGAAGUUAUCCAAUGACCCUGACAAGAUUUUUGAGCUGCAAGGUGUGCCUUGGGUGGUUCGCAAGAUUCUGAAUUAUGCGAGUCUUACAUUGAACAUUUCGCAAGCUAUCUCAAGCGCAAAUUCGAAGCCCGAAAGCUUGGACACCCCAAGUUGCAAUAAUGUUUCCGAGGCCUCUGUGACCACAUUGCACAUAAAGCAAACGGUGAACCCCGGAGGCUUCGAUAGCGAAGGAUAUUAUCCAAUCAACGGAGAGGAAAAGGAGUAUUCGCUACCCAUAUUUGGAGAUAUCAGCAUGAGGCUGCGGUACGUGAAUACCUCAGAGAUUUCUGAUGAGUUUCUUCGUCAAAAGUUGAGCGAAGGGAGCCCAUCUAAGACCGUGAUCGACGAGAUUGCUCAUAACAAAACGAAAGGGUGGGAUGCGCGAGUAAUCUGGGGAUUCGAACUCAUUGAUGGGCAUCGAUAUCUAACGCGGAAUGUCAUCACGACAAAAGAUGAAAAGGCCGUCAAGUCGAGACUGGUUUAUGAUUUCCAUUGCUAG